AAUAGCAGCCUUGCUUCCUGGGCUCCUCUCUGUAUCCUCCCCACCUCCCCAACAAUAUGCAUCCUGCCAAUUUGCUCAGCUCCUGCUGCCUCCUCCUGCUCCUAGGGGCGCUGCCUGCAUGGGCAGCCAAUGAUGACCCCAUCGAGAAGGUCAUCGAAGGGAUCAACCGGGGGCUGAGCAAUGCAGAAAGAGAGGUGGGCAAGGCCCUGGAAGGCAUCAAUAAUGGAAUCACUCAAGCCGGAAGGGAAGUGGAGAAAGUUUUUAAUGGACUUAGCAACAUGGGAAGCCAGGCCGGCAAGGAGGUGGAAAAGGGGCUCAACAGCGGCUUGGACAAGGUAUCCCAUGGGAUCAACAAUGGCGUUGGACAUGCAGGAAAGGAAGCAGAGAAGUUUGCCCAUGGGGUCAACAACGCUGCUGGACAGGUUGGGAAGGAGGCAGACAAAAUCAUCCAUCAUGGGGCCAACCAGGCGGGAAGUGAAGCAGGGAGGUUUGGUCAAGGGGCCCACCAUGUUGCGGGGCAGGCUGGGAACGAGGCUGGGAGGUUUGGCCAGGGAGUCCACCAUGCUUUUGGUCAGGGUGGGAAGGAGGCGGAGAAGUUUGGCCAGGGAGUCCACCAUGCUUUUGGUCAGGGUGGGAAGGAGGCGGAGAAGUUUGGUCAGGGAGUCCACCAUGCUUUUGGUCAGGGUGGGAAGGAGGCGGAGAAUUUUGGCCAGGGAGUCCACCAUCCUUUUGGUCAGGGUGGGAAGGAGGCAGAGAAGUUUGGUCAGGGGGCCCACCAUGCUUUUGGUCAGGGUGGGAAGGAGGCAGAGAAGUUUGGUCAGGGAGUCCACCAUGCUUUUGGCCAGGGUGGAAAGGAGGCAGACAAGGUUGGCCAGGGAGUCCACCAUGCUUUUGGCCAGGGUGGAAAGGAGGCAGAGAAGUUUGGCCAGGGAGUCCACCAUGCUUUUGGCCAGGGUGGAAAGGAGGCAGACAAGGUUGGCCAGGGAGUCCACCAUGCUUUUGGCCAGGGUGGAAAGGAGGCAGAGAAGUUUGGUCAGGGAGUCCACCAUGCUUUUGGCCAGGGUGGAAAGGAGGCAGAGAAGUUUGGCCAAGGGGGCCAUAAUGUUUUAGGUCAGGCUGGGAAGGAAGCAGAAGAGUUUGGCCAGGGGAUUCACCAUGGGGUUAAUGAAGCCUGGAGGCAGGCAGAGAAGUUUGGUCAGGGGGCCCAGCAUGCUUUUGGGCAGGGUGGGAGGGAGGGAGACAAAGUGGUCCAAGGAGCUCAUCAUGGACUUAGCCAUGCUGCAAUGGAGGCACAGCAGUUUGGCCAUGAUGGUUAUUAUGCCGCCGGGCAGGCUGGGAAGGAGGGAGAAAAAGUAAUCUCGGGUGUCCAUCCUGGGGCCAACCAGGCCGGGAAGGAGGUGGGACAGUUUGGCCAGGGACUCCACCAUGCCGUUGAACAGGCCGGAAAGGAAGCAGACAAAGUGGUCCAAGGGGUCCACGAUGGGGUCAACCAGGCCGGGAAGGAGGCAGAGAAAUUUGGCCAAGGGCUCAACAGUGCUGCUGGUCAGGCCGGAAAGGAGGCGGAGAAACUUGGCCAAGGUGUCCACCAUGCUGCUGGCCAGGCCGGGAAGGAAGUGGACAGGUUGCAGCAGAGUGCUCUUAAUGGGGUCAACCAAGCCAGCAAGGAGGCCAACCAGCUGCUGAAUGGCAGCCAUCAAGGCGAGGCUUCCGGCCAACACGGAGGGACCGCAACCACCACAUUAGUAUCUGGGGCCUCGGUCAACAAGCCUUUCAUCAACUUACCGGCUCUGUGGAGGAGCGUCGCCGACAUCAUGCCCUAA